CCCAGCUGAAGCUUAAAAUAUCCUCCAACCUUAUUGAUCACCUUAUUGAAUUUAGUUGAAACGCAUUGCAGUGCCGCACUUCUAGCGAUGUAUGUAGAAAAUAUCGAUUUCUUAACUUUUUGUUGGCGCCUAGGGCUACAUUCAAGCCUCUAACAUGAAACACACAAAAUUUCAAAAAACAACUUCAUAGUCAUACUGAAUGACUUAGUGGGGCACAAAUUCAAUCACAUAAAGCACAUUUUUUUAACAUAUUUACGAUAACGAAUAUAGAAUAAAAACCAUGCUGAGUGACAACCAUGUUUUAAUUGAAUCCAUUUUUCUAACAAGGUGACCAGCGCACGGCAUAAACACGUAAUUGAAAAGACGCGCCAGGAAGGCCACUAAAGAGGAGGGGGCGAAAGGACCCGACUAAAAUAUUUACGAAGAAAAGGAGCUGAAGAAGCAACGCGAACGGAAUUUGAAUGAGGACCUCUUAAGAUCUGUAAAUUAAAGUUAAGCUAUAAAACAGAAAACAAGGCUAGCCAUUCGACUAGAAACCGUCCCUUGAUCAUAGUUUGUCUUCGUCCUGAUCAGGACGUGGCAGAAACUAACCUAUUCGGCAUGAGUUGACGACGCGCUCGAUGACGGCAUCUCCGGUACAUCGGUGUCAACGAAAAAAGCGAAAAUAGAAAUUACAAAGAUAUCUGUCGCGGAUACAAAAGGACUCCAAGCUAGACGAAAAUUUGUAGAACCGACAUUAAUGAGAUCAAUCUUCAUCUAUAGCGGUAUCCCUAAAAAAAAUGUUUCCAACCUUUGUCGCUACACACCUGGUCAGCACGCUCGUCCACAUGGGCAACACGUCCCAUAGGCUGACGCAGUGUUGUCUGAAUGAGACGUACUGUAUCUCCGUUGACACUGAAAGGUAUCCGGACCUGCUCAUAAAACCUUCUACAACACCUCUACCUUCUUUUCAUGACCCCAUUGGGUGGGGUCCCCCUGAGCUGCACACACUGCCAACAUUUAACCGAAGCAAAAGUCCCUUUCUAGAAGGAUUUUACCUUAACAAGUUUCACGGUAUUGACCAGAUUUACAGGUUUCUCGAAGCCAUUACCGAGUCGUCGAAAUUAGCUACACUGUUAAAUUUAGGGUUUACAUUUGAAACUCGACCAUUGUUAGGAUUGAUGAUUACAUCUCGGGUACGGCCCGAUCCUCGAGAUCCAGAGGCACCUGCCAUCGUAUUCGUUGAAUGCGGGAUGCACGCUCGCGAGUGGACUGCGCCAGCCGCUUGUCUGUUAGUAAUACACCAGCUUGUCUCUCACUACGACAAGGAUACAGAGCAGGUGCGUCGAAUGGUAGACGAUUUUGAGUGGCGUAUUUUUCCUGUCAUGAAUCCCGACGGAUAUGCUUACUCAAUGAGUGUUGAUCGACUUUGGAAGAAAAACCGAAGCAAACUUCGACCCGCUGACAAAAACGGAGGCUCCCCUUUCUCGAACUGUUCUGGCGUAGACCUUAAUCGAAACUUUGACACUGCCGAGUUUUGUGAAAAUGCAAACCUUCAAGAUCCAUGCGGACCAGAUUAUUGCGGGCGUCAUCCGUUUUCGGAGCUCGAGACUCGCGCCCUGAAAGACCAUAUACUAGGACUCCGCAGGGCACGGUCACGUCAGAGUCGGAUUCAGUUCUAUUUUUCAGUGCAUUCAUAUGCCCAACUGUGGAUUUUUCCUCAUGGUCACCGAAAUGGCAGUUUGUCUUUGGAAGAACGACGCCGCCUUGAGGGGGUUAGCAGAGGGGCUGUUCACGAAAUAUCGAAAAUUAAAGGCGGCUUCGGUCAAUGGAGAUAUGGAAAUAUCACACAGCUUCUUGGCUAUACGGGUCCAGGAGCCUCGACAGACUGGGCGUUUGAUUCGGCCGGGAUAUUCUACUCGUUUGCAAUCGAACUGGGUCCGCAUAGUUCAGUUGGAGAAACUUUCGGGUACACAGUCUCCGAACUGCAAAUUCCUCGGUCUGCCACCGAACUCUGGGUCGGGCUCAAGUAUUGCACACUCAACUAUUAGAAGUAGAAAUUGAUAUCACAU